GGAGCAUUCUUCUUUAACUUACCGUCUAUCACAGUCUGAUCACAGACUACAGAGAUGGAAGAAGCUGAAGAAACAUCCAGUUCAAAAAGUGAAUGGAAAACAAUAUCAGAUCCAAUACAAGCUGGUAGGCUCUUUGCACAAGACCUUCUGCACAACAACAGGCUUUUAAAAACAUUACGCCUGACUAUGGACAUCAGACAAGACAAGGAAACACAAGAUCAGGCUUUAGUCUCCUUCUACAAGAGGGACAACAUUCAGUGGGCUUCUCCACUUCAGUGCAAACUCCAAGGUGACAUUGCUACAGGAAAAGGAGUUGACCGUCACUUGAUGUCAACGGUGAUUUCCAGAAUAAUAAACGGAUUCCACAUAACUUUAGGAGGUGCACGAAUAACCAAAAUCUUUGAAGGCGAGCCAGAUCAUCUCAUCCCCUCAAUUUCAAACAAACUGCUUGACAAUGACAUGUUCGCGGUAGCCGGACGCAUGAUUGGUCAUUCCUUUCUGCAUCAUGGACCAAGUUUUCCAGGACUUAGCCCUGCCAUUGUUCAUAUUCUUUUAGGCGGUUCUUUGGAGACAGCCCCAAUAACAGUGCAGGACUGCCCUGAUCUUGACAUUCGUGACAUAGUGACAAUGCUAGGUGGAGAUGCUGAACUAAAUAAUGUUGACUCCAUCAACCAGCUCUGCCUGCUGUGGAACUUCCCCACAUUGAAUGCAACCAACAGGAAGUGGCUGUCAGAAAAACUUAUUUUGCAUGCUGUGAUUGGGCGAACACAGAGUCAAAUCAACCAGUUCCAAAGAGGCCUCCAAGACACAGGACUGUGGUCACUUUUACAUCACAGAAAAGAUGUCAUCCAAAUCCUAUUUCCAAGGGAAUCCGAGACACAAUUCACAUCUCAGAUGCUCUUGGAUUGCAUCACAUGGCCUCGGUCUACAACCAUCAUCCUUGGCGACGAAUACGAGAUGGUGGACGAUGAUGAGCGUGACAUUGAAGAUGCAUCUAGAGUUUGUGGCUACUUGAAAACAUUUAUUGAAAGUGCAUCUCCCGCGGAGCUUAAGGGUCUCAUUAGGUUCUGGAUCGGAUGGGAGGUGCCAGAAGAAGGAAUGAGAGUGGAAAUCGUUGAGGGUCUGCUUCCCACAGCUGUAACAUGUUUUGAGAAACUGAGGCUGCCAAGGCACCACACAGAGUACAGCACAUUCUACCAGGAUCUGUGCGCAUGCGUGGAAUCUUCCUCUGCUUUCUUCUUCCUGGACUCCGACCCCACAUCUGGUGUCCUUCUGACCUCGGCAAAGAAGCCAAGUGACCAGUGA